AUGACCACUUUUCGAACAUAGACGCAUACAUAGCAUGCAUGAACUUGCUCCGCCAGCAUCUCAGUAAACGUUCGAAAAGCAAGGAUAGCUUCAUUUGCACUCAAACCCUACAGAACGUGUUGGACAGCGGUAUGCUCUACUACAACACGAGCAAUAGUCGUCGUGUAUGGGCUGCUUUGGUGGACUUCGUCACAGACGGGCUCGCCGAUGGAAACAUUCAGUCCGAGGGAGGUAUUACCCUCCUGAUGACACUAUUCUAUGGUGGGUUCGAUAUGCAUCAGCUCGCACUGAGAUUAUUGGAGCAUGGUGUCAAGACACCGACGAAGACCGAGUGGUAUGGUAUCUGGUCGAACAUGAAUGUCAAGGUUCAAGCGGCACGAUUCGAACCCCGCGCCAGCUUUGCCAGCAGCGAAGAAGCUUACAGCUUUUGUAAGGCUAUGGACCCGGCGGAAUAUUUCCUGCAUGAUCCCUUUUACCUCGCCGCCGCGAUGGCUACGAAACAACAGAGCCUUGUGGACGCAAUAGUCAAGUAUGGCCACAUGCAAAAUGAGUGGUGGAUCACAUACCCGGUGUGGGUCGACUCACCGGAUCAGCCCCCCUACGUCCCAGCCAUGGAAGAGGCGUAUCUCAGACAACACGAAGCAUUCGAAGGCCAGCCGGCCGGCUCGUCGAAACAGCCGGAAUCAGUCAAGGCCAUCGAUGCCGGCAGUGACAUUGAAAGCGAGUCAGACGAGAGAUGCUUGUGCACUGGUGGCACCCAUGAAGACGAUUGUUUCUAUUUCACGUACCCCAAAUCUAGGCAUUGUCUCAUGUUUCUCAAGAAGAGACAUGCAGGGUGGUCACUCUUCCAUCUUGCCAUUCGUUUCCGUCAAUACAAUGUCGUCAAGAGGCUCGUCGAACAAGGGGUGGACGUAAACGAAACGACGAAGAACGGUUGGAGUCCGGGGUAUAUCAUGUGCGUCAAGGAAUGUUUUGAUGAGAAGAUUGUCAAAUACCUCGUCGCUCAUGGAGUAAAUCCGCAUGUUGGAAGAAGUGGAAGGUGGGCGUCACCAUUGCAUUAUGCCCGUCAAGAAGGCGCAGACCCUCGUGCAGCCGACUUCAUGCUUGAGGCAUUUGCACUGUCGCGAAGACCCUCACCGCGAAAGACCCUACGUCCUUCCACCGCCUCAUCCAGGAAGCGACGGAUGUAGACGGUUUGUUUAGGAACAUGACGCUUGACCAGACGUUGCCUGGCUUCAUCCGUUCUGAUACCGCCAUCAACACGGUUGACGACGAUGGCAGAAUACCCCUCGGCUAUUUGAUAACUCUCAUCCACGGCAUCUACGAAA